AUCUAAUGGAAAAUGGGGAAUCACCGACACCACGUCAUUUCGCUGUAACAGAGUGAUUUUCAUUAAUGUUAACACAAAGUGAUUUUUAAAAAUACGAGUGUCACGACUUGUGAGAAAGCUAGCAUGCACGUAUGAGCGUGAAAAGGUUUAUUUAAACUAAACAAACAAAAUGUAGGAUUACCUAACCUCGCAGUGUGAUAAGAUAAAAAGAUUAACGGAAGUUUGAAAGGCGCAGUGCGAAAUAUAUAUUAUUUUACUCGAAGACUGCGCCACGAAGCGUGUCUCUCUCGUUAAUAAAGUUAAAAUUGAAUCACAAGCGAUGAGCGACGUCGAGAACCCGGAAAAUGAUAUCGUCGGAUCGUAUUACGCGUUGCUGGUUGCCUUCAAAACUAUGAAAGAGCGUUGUCAGCAAUUGCAGAUACGAAUGGCAGCGGUCGAAGCAGAAAACGUAUGUCUUAGACUCCAGUGUGGCAAGGAUCUUUCCACAGCUGUUGUCAAAGUUGAGGACAGUGGCGACAAGUCAGCAUUACAAAUACUACAAGAAAAAGUAGAAGAGCUUACAAAACAAAAAUCUCAGCUAUCCCAUCACAUUUUUAUGGUAGCGGCGGAAAAUCGUCAGUUGUGGAAUAGAUUGACAAGAUUGACAAAGACUAAUAAAUCUUUAGGUAGUCAGUUGACAAAAAUUUCAGAUACACUUAAGCAGCAUCCCAUCACACAGCCAUCUGAGAUCAUAACGUAUAAUUUUCGUGACGCCUCUAGUCUGAACAAACAAGAUAUUAAUAAGAAAAAUUUAUUAACUACAGAUGGUGAGAGAGAACAAAGUUUGGAAGAAAUAUCCCUUCGAUUGAUAAAUAGUAUUAUGUUGGAAAAGUCUGAUCUUGAACAACAAUAUGCAGAAAUGGUGGAGUUACAUAACAGUGCAGAGUUAAAUUUACAAAACAUUGGUUUUACGUAUCCAGAAGAUUCUGACAUGGAUUCACUGGAACAACUAAAACAGCAUGAAAUUCGAUUGUCGCAAACUAAAGAUGCCUUACUUGGACAACAAACCAGAUUAAAAAGGGCCUUACAGAAUCUUAAAAAGAUGAGAAAAGGAGCAGUAUGUGGUAAUUGUCGAGAGAAUGCAAAUAAAAAGAUGUGCCAAACGGGUACACAAUUUGACUCUGAUGAUAGUUUCAAGGAACACGGAGCUACUCAGACUAGUCUUAUGACACCCAGUAUUUCUAUAGAUAAAUAUUCUAAUCUUAAUGAUAAUAUGGAUACAGAUACUAAUACAUGUCCAUUGUGUGGGAUUGUUUAUGGAAAAUCCAUACCGUUUGCGGAGUUUCAUGAACAUGUUUUAAGUCAUUUUACUAAGGAAGUUUCUUCUGUAGAGGAUUCCGAGCUCGCACAUUAAUAUUGUUAGCUUAAGAUUCCAAGAAUUAUGAAAAAUUUUAUACCGAAUAGGUGACUGGAGAGACAAAAUAUUAAAAUAGAAAUAUAUAUAUACGAUAUAGUGUAAACUAUAAGCUAAUAAUGCAACAGAAAACGAUGAAACAAAGAAUGACAGUACUGUGUGUUGCAUAAAGAUGUAUUUAUUUUUAUAUCAACUAACGCGGUUGCAAAGUGAAUGUAAAAUCUACGUACUAUUAAAUGAGUAAUAUUAAUAGUAAUUGUGAAUAUUUACGUAAUAAAACUCUUCACAUUUA